AUGAGUACGACAGGCACAGCCAAAGAAGCCCAGAAGCCCACUGCAUCCAAUGGGAAUCCUACAGAUUGGACAGAGGAGACAAAGGCAAUGCUUACAAGUAAAACCAAACAGCCUACGUUAACUGACGAAGACAAAACAGUGCUUAUGAGACUCGACCACCUCCUUCAUGAUCGCGGAUGCACCAUCAACAACCGCCGUACAGGACAAGCCUAUUCCUUAACGGAUUUUGAGUAUCAGAGCUCUGGUCCAUACAUCAAAAUUUCUUCAAACUGUGGACAUGGAGGAAUGUUUGCUGGGCAACGGACAGGGAUUCUAUUAUGA